AGGUAUUGAGAAGAAAGAGAGUGGAUGAAACAAGAGUAGCUUUCUAUGCAGUGUCAUCCUGAGCUGUGCAGUUGCUAGAAAUCUGGAAAAAAAAAUGUCAAAAAAACUCUCAUCUGGCAAGACCUCACUGAAAGCUCCAAAAACCUCAGCAAAGAAACAGAAAGGUGGAAAAAAAUCUAAGGACUCUUCUAAACGAAAACAAACACAGCUUGGUAAAAAAGAUGAAGUUGAUCUUUCUGCGGCUCAUAUAGGCCACCCAGAAAUCUUUCCUUUAGCUUUCACUACAGAGACCCAGGAAAUUUUUAAUUGCCGAGUUGAAGAAGAUGUCACAGAAGAAAAUUGUUUCAAACUCAUUAAAAAAGAUGACAUCAUUCAGGACCUGAAAACAAGAGAUGCAGUUUCUGAUUUUCACCCUGUCAAAAAAGUUGUCCUAGAAUAUCCAGAGGAAGAACUUUUGGUAGUUUUUGAUGCAAAGUUCCAGUAUGGACAGAAUUUUUACCUUGUUGCUUCUGAGGAAGCCAAGGAAAACCUUCUGAAGCCUCCAGAAACUGCACAAGAAGAAGAGAAAGAAGAAGAAAACAGAGAGGAAGAUCUGGAAGUCCAGCCUUACAAACCUCCUGUCCCCAAACCUUGGGUUUCUCUUGGCAGCGAAAAGGAAGUUGAAGAAGAAUCUGUUAAAGACAGAGUUACAAAGAUUAAGUACAUGAUUUCUCGAGUGCGCAGAAAGUUUGGCACACCCAUCACAUUUACUGACCGCAAUGCUUCACACGUCAAAGACGGUUACGUUGAAUGCACGCCCUAUGAGGACAAAGCUUUCAGUAUUAACAUGCUUGAAAAAGAUGUGGGCUUACAAACAGUUCCAAAAGUAAAAGAAGUUGCCACUCAGACAAAAUGGACCUAUCCAAAAAAUGCAGCCACACAGUAUUUUCCUAGACAGUUGUCAAAUGAAGAGAAAGAGGAGAGACUGUCAUCUAAAAAGCUGAAAGAAUUUCUUACAUCAGUUCAUUUAAGAAUGGAAAUUGCACUGCAGCAAAAUGAAAUCAUGAAUGCUUUUUUUGAUGACUGGAAGGCCCUAGCAGAAGAUGAAUGCAGUUCUGGUGGCAAGCCAGACGUUUAUCUUGGAGCAUACCGGUCAUUUACAGGUCUGCGCUAUCUCAAGGACAGAAUUAUUAGCUGUGUUUGCUGGCAUCCAACCAUUUAUGGAAUUAUAGCAGUGUCAGCAAGACAGCAGCUCCCUGAUGAAGAGCAAGCUAACCUUUCUGAUAAAUCAUUGCUGCAGCAGACAGUAAUAGUUUUUUGGAGUUUUUUUGACCCUCUCCACCCUCAGUUAAUGUUGGAAUGUCCUGAAGAUAUUCACUGCUUUCAGUUCAGUCCAAGUGAUCCAAAUGUCAUUGCUGGUGGCUGCAUCAAUGGACAGGUUGUACUGUUGGAUAUUUCUCAACAUGAACAAAAGCUGCAAAAUGCCCAAACUGAUGCUGAUGGAAUCAAGAUAACAGCUGUUAAUAUGCCAUCACCUAUGCAAGUCGAGCAAAGUAGCACAGAGCCACCCCUAGUGAGAUACUGUGCAGUCUCUUCCAUACAACACAGUCAUAAAAAGCCAGUAACAGACAUAUAUUGGCUGCCAGAUUAUUCUAAGGACAACCAAAUGAGCGCUGCUUCAGAAAACAGAGCUGAAAUCUGCGUGCAGCUUGUAACCUGCUCCCCUGAUUGCUCAGUAUUAUUUUGGGAUAUUCCAGCUACCAAGCUUCCUGAACAAACUUCAUGCGAGACAGUAAAACAGGAGGGAGGUUUUUAUAUCCCUUGUGAUGUUCCAGCUACUAAGCCACUGGAUCUCUGCUGGAAACCUCUCAUAAAGAUAAAUCUGGGUGAAAGUGAUUCCAACACAGAAUGUGGUCCUGUCAGAAUUAGUUUAAGGGAGCUGCAUUAUCACUACAAAACCUCAGAGAAGGUGCGAUCUCUGCACACACCAGAAGCACCCACCAGAGACAGCUCAUACACAGAGAUGAGCACUUCAAGUAAAAAUCUGAAAGUGCUAGAAAAUAUCUCCACCAGCUUCUUCAUUGGAACUGAAGAUGGAGAAAUUGUUCACUCUGACUGGAAAAUAGAAAUUGAUAAUGACACAGCAAAACCUGUUAGUCAGGAGCACAGUCAGAAAUACACCAUCCACACUGAAACUAUCAACACUCUCCAGAGAUCUCCGUUUUUUCAAGACAUAGUUCUAAGCAUUGGAGGCCGGAAUUUUGCCAUUUGGAAAGAAAGGGAUACAUACAGACCAAUCCUUCAGUGGAGCUGCUCUGCAGGAAGAUACACUGCAGGACACUGGUCCUUAACAAGACCAGGAGUUUUCUUCAUUGCCAGAAAUGAUGGAAAUAUAGAUAUAUGGGACUUACUGAAGAAAACUCAUGAGCCAUCUCAUACCCAGAACAUCUCCACAUCACGGAUCACUUGCAUCAGCCCCUGGAUUGCCUCACCAAAGCAAAAUUUUUUAGCUGUUUCUGAUGACCUUGGAGCACUGCACGUUUUGGAAAUCUGUCAGACACUAAGUCACCCUUCCAGCAAUGAGGAGGCCAAUGUACUUGAUUUUUUUGAAAGAGAAGUCAAAUAUCUGAAGUACUGUGAAGAAAAGUCUCAAGCCAAAAGGGAACUGAAAUGGAGCUGGAGGCAAAGACAGAGGAAACAAGUGUGACUACAGAGAUGAAGGAACAAGAAAAUACAGACUAUACUAAAGUCAAGGGAGAAGAAAUACUUUCCUCACCAGAUGUGU